GUAGCACCAUUCUACUCUCGCCAAUAGCGUGCAUCGAACACUUGCCGCAAUAUAGAUGAAGGCAACUUCCUAGCUUGGAGAUCGCCUCGCCAACUCGAACAUGUGUCCUCGUAGUCUCAUGAAUAUAUGCAAAUGUACACGCACAACCUUUAGCCCAUCACAUCAAAACCCGCUGGCUUACCCUAUCUGCUCCGUUGCCCUGAAUGCGACCCGCAAGAUAGAACUACAUUCCUCUUGCCCAUCACAGUUAGCGAUCCCCGCACGGCAGACGGCAGAAGUCGAUAAACGCCACUCAUCCCAGCAGCGCAUCAUCAAUUCAUUCUGUAUCUACAUGUUUCACGGUUUCAAAGCCCUACGCUUGAGAUAACAUCACACCUCAACAUUCGCAACAUCCAUCUACGCACAUACGAAACACCAAAUGAACAGUCGAGCAGUUCAGAUCGGCGCUUCCGCGAUUGCAAUCUUGGGCACGUUAUACUUGUUUCGCUACUCGUCAUCGUCAAACAACUUCACUAUGUCAAAGCCAGAAGGUACAGAUGUGCCGGGGCUAGAGUGGAAACUGAGCCAGAUUUCACGGAAUCCACCGUCUCUUCUAGUUACUUUAAAGAACAACAGCCCGUCACCGUACACAAUUUUGAAAUGGGGUACGCCGCUCGACGCCCAAGCAUCAAACACUGGAGUAUUCAAAGUCGUCAAUGCAGACACGGGUGACAACAUUCCAACCGAAUUCAUCAAGGUCAACCGCAUGAUGCCGCCACCCCGAGAGGACCUGGUCACCAUUGCUCCGGGAACCGAGGAAGCGACAGAGGUUGUGUUCAACAGUCCCUGGAUGCCAGAAAAAAAACCUGCCAAGUACAUGGUCAGGGCUGAAGGCGCAUUUACUGGUAUUUGGGGUGUAUACGGUGAUGCUGUCAAGGACAGUGACGUGGAGUUGUACGUUGACUCUCCGUUUAAUGGACGAACGUUCGUGAGCAACGAAGUCGAGAUGUAUGUGGAUUGA